AUGGAAAAUGAUGACACGUUUCAGCCUAAAGAUAAUAAGAGCAACAGCUUGUUACUCGCUAGUUUGCUAAAUAUUGGUUUGUACUCACUCAUAAAUUUAAUAAUAGUUGGAUUGGUAUUUAUGGUCAUUGCAUUACGAAGAAGGAAAGUAAAGGCAGCGUUGCCUCGAAAUAGUUCCCCAUACUCUGAUAGUAUGAAAGGUGUAUCUCCAAUUUGUAUUGAUAAUACUAUUCUGUAUCCCAAUUUAAAUUUCACAACAAACGAUGAAGUAUAUUACAUUUCUAAAAUAGAUGACACCUACGUUCAGCAAAUGAGAACCUAUAUAUUAGAUUCUCAUGGUGAAAUAAUGAAAGAUCUGCCAAGAACGAUGACUAAGGCAAUUACUACAACCCGGAGGCUAUAUUUUAUAAGAAAUUCGUUGUCUUAUAUACAAAAGAUAAGAUUAAAAGGAUUUUGGAAACCGUUUAACAGAAAAAACACGACAUCAUGA